AUGUAGCACUAUUUACAAUCUAAUAGUAACCUGCAGUGAUAAACAAAUAAAUAGAAAACAAAAGGAUAUCUAAAACCAUAAGAAACGUCAUGUUUGUUGCCCAAUGGAUAUAAAAACAUCGGCCGAUAAAACGAUAAUAACAAAUAAUGAAACUAUAAAUCCUACUAUGAUGCCUGGAAAGCUACACUAUAUGGAAAUAUUAAGAAGUAUUUCAAAGAAGUUGGUUCAUAUUCAGUUUGAGAAUGAAACUGAAGAAGAAAAUUAUGAAUCCACUUGAUAUGAUACCAUGUCAGGGGUUUUGCAGCAAGAAGUUAUUGACUCCAUCGAUUCCAAUACCAGCAGCACCUAUAAUUACUAGCUAUAACUUCCAUCAAAACCUUGGUUGUCCCAUAGCUGGCCAAUGGAAUCCAAUGAACACACCUAUAUUUACAAUGCAACCUUUACCAAUAAUUAUACCAGCUCCCAGUACAAUAUUUGCAACACUCCCUUGUCCAUUUGCUGGACCUUUAGUACAACCAGUUAUACCUCCUAUAGUACCUCCGGUAGUUUCACCACUAUUUGUACCAGGUAAUCUUACAGACGUUUCUAAUUACUUAAGUGAAUGUAACGGUUCUACAGAACUGUUUGAUGCUACAACUGUUAAUGAUUUGUCAUUUUAUACGCCAGAACAAACUUCUAUUGAAACAGAACAAAAUUCAGUUUUAAGCAAUGAAUUAGUGAAAGAAAUUAUUGGUAGUAUUGAAACUACAUCAGAUCCUAUUGAAGUAUAUUUAAAAUUGCCAAAAGAGUUGUUUCCCACACCUAGAAUGCUAUCACUAGAUCCAAAUGCUAUCAUAGAUGAAUUUUGUAAGCUGCCGAAUUUACAGCGUCACGCACCUUGGAUUUUAGACCUGGAGUUUGGCAUUCCGAAAACUAUGAUAACACGUCCUUUGCCUAUUUAUAAUGUUAAGUUUAAUAGCAUACACUGCAAGAAUACUCCUGAUGCCAUACAUCCAGGAUUUGAGAGCUGCACUCCUGAUUUUAAAAGGGCUAUGCUGUUUUACUACGAUUGUGUGGUAUCUGCAUGGUACAGAGGAUUCAUAAUGAUUACUUCUGAUAGGUCGGUAGAACGAUUUCAGUCGUGGUUGAAAGUCCCAAUGCAAUUUUUAGGGAUGUGCUGGCCUUAAUGCACGUUGCAUGUAUUUUUAGAUUAUUUUAUUGUUAUGUAGAUACCUGUAUAGUUUUAGAUUUAAAUCAUCGUUGAAUGCCUCACAUGCCUGUAAAUUAUUUUGAUCUGUUUGAUCAAAUUUGUGUUUUAUAAAUAAAUGUAUUAUAGUCGUCUACA